CGCCCAUUCCUGCGCGAACCCGGUGGUGGGUUAAUACGCUUCAAUUUCGCCGAGAAAUGUGUGGCAAACACAUGUAUGUAUGAAUGAAGAGCAUGAUGCUUACAUUCCACAGCACCGACAGUGUUGCCCCCUUUCUCGUUACCAAGACAGCUAAAAACAAAAAUAUUAAUUUACGGCAAAUGUCGUAAAUAUUAAUAGGCGAACCUUCACGUGUGUAGUGCUGUUUCCAUCAUGGGAAAAAGAAAGUACAAGUCUCAAUAUAUCGACACUUUAACUAAAAAACAGAAAAAGCACUUGAAAGAGUUUGGAGAGGAGCACCCAUUUUAUGAUAAAGUUUCAGAAGCAUCGACUCAGAUCGUUGAACUUGUAAGCGACUCUUCAGUAAAUUCUGAGAGCCCUGAUUCCUCCGGUUCAGACAGUGAUACAGGGAGUGAAACAGAACAGAUCUCAGCUUAUCAGAAACUUUUGUCAACACUGAAGUCUGCCUCUGAUGAGGAAGACGAAGAAGACGACAGACAGGAAGAGGAUGAGGAAGAGGAUGAACAAUUAGAAAGCAAGGAUGGUGCAGACGACAGCAGCCAAGAACAUGAGGAGGAAGAUCAGACUGCAGAUGAGGAUGAGGAUGAUAUGGACUUUCAGAAUGGCCAGAAGAGGGAGGAUCAGCAUGAGCCCACUGAUGCCAAAAUUGCAAGUGGUGUUGAAGAGGUAGUAGCGGACGAAUUCACUGAUUCUAAGCACGAAUCUGCUUUUAGUUUGGAAACCAAUUUCGUUGAACAUGAUCGCCUUGAUCUCAGAGAUGACCAGAGUGUAGCUGCUAUUGGGGAUUCCGACCCGUUUAAACAGCAUAUGGAUACAGAACUAGAGGAAGACGAUAUUAAGACUAUCCAAACAAAAUGCAAGGUUCAAAUUCAGUUAAAGUGGACUGCACUUGGCCAGCUUGUGUGCUCUUCUGUAUUCCAGAAGUAUAGUUCCUUACAUCCACCAGAGGACUUGGAUUUAAAAAACUUCCAUCUCCAUAACCUUUUAGAAAAGACGUGGCCAAAUAUUAAAAGCCAGUUCCUUUCAUCGGAGGCUCAGCAAUGUCACCAGGCCUUCACCCCUUUGCAAGAAGAACUUUUUAGUAUAAUAAAUUCAUACAAAGACUUGUACUUUCCUGAAAGCACUGUUUUAGGCAAUGCAGAAGAAGUCCGACAUGUAUACUGUCUUCAUGUACUCAAUCAUGUGCUAAAAGCCAAUUUUCAAGUUCUUAGAAAUAAUGCGAGGCGCAGAGAUCAGAAGCCUGGAGUGGAUGAUGAUGAAUGCAGAGAUCAGGGAAUUACCAGACCCAAGGUUCUGAUUGUGGUGCCAUUCCGAGAGUCAGCUGUACGAGUAGUGCAGAUUCUUAUCAGCCUUAUGGAAGUGGGGAACAAAAAACUGGAUGUGAGUAACAAAAAACGAUUCAAGGAAGAAUUUGGUUCUGAUGAGGAUGACAGCUCACCAAAUGUUACAAAACCUGAAGAUUUUAGAGCUCUGUUUGCUGGAAACGUUGAUGAUCACUUCAGGAUAGGAGUUGGUAUUCUUCAGAGAAGUAUGAGACUUUAUGCACCAUUUUACUCGAGUGAUAUCAUCAUUGCAUCUCCACUUGGGCUGAGGACAGUUAUUGGUGUAGAGGGUGAUGUAAAACGAGAUUUUGAUUUCCUGUCUUCCAUAGAAAUUCUUGUGAUGGACCAGGCAGAUGUAUAUUUAAUGCAGAACUGGGAACAUGUUUUGCUUCUUAUGAAAACUAUGAAUCUCCAACCUUUAGAUCCUCAUGGUGUUGAUUUCUCCCGCGUUCGGAUGUGGAACCUAAAUAACUGGUCUAAAUACUACCGUCAGACUUUACUGUUCAGUGCUGCUCAGGAUCCACAGAUUAACUCACUCUUCAAUAAGCAUUGCUUCAACUACAGAGGACAGGUAGCUGUAAGGAAUAUGCCUCAGACUGGCUCCAUUUGUCAUGUGCUGGUGCAGUUACCUCAUGUUUUCCAGCGAAUUGAUCCUGCAAACUUCAUCUCCUUGCCUGAAGAAAGAUUCUCUUUCUUCAUCAACAAAGUUCUGCCUCAGUAUCGUGAUGCAAUCAUGUCUCACACGCUUAUUUACAUUCCUUCAUACUUCGACUAUGUACGUCUGCGAAACUACUUCAAGAGUGAGGAGCUGAAUUUCACAUGCAUAUGUGAAUACACAAAGAAGUCUGGGGUCACCAGAGCAAGGCAAUUCUUUGCUAGUGGCAGAAAGCAGUUUCUUCUUUUUACUGAGCGCUUCCACUUUUACAGAAGGUACAUAAUAAAAGGAAUUCAGAACCUGAUUUUCUAUGAGCUGCCAACCCACCCACAUUUCUACAGUGAAGUGUGUAACAUGUUGAAGGCAGCUAACAGUGGAGAGGAAGCUACCUGGACCUGCACUGUUCUUUACUCCAAGUAUGAUGCUCAAAAGCUGGCUGCAGUUGUAGGUGCUGAUCGUGCUGCACAGAUGAUUCAGUCUAAAAAAUCUGUUCAUCUUUUUGUGACUGGCGAUAAUGCUUAAAAACACACUACAGGACUGUGCACGAAAACAGAAAUAUACAUGGGAUGACUGCAAUUAAAAUCCAAAGACACUGCAAGAAAAACAUGAAUGUUUUGAGGAAUAACUAUUUUAUUACAGUCUUUAUUUAUGAUAAGUCACUUAAGGAGACACCGCUCCCAGUCUGAGUCUGAAAAAGGUCCACGAAGAUCAGUACUCUACCCUGGAAAACAAAUACAAACAAAAAUAAAUUGCUCUUCAGAAAGCAGGAUUUUCUACUUUUAAAACAGUCCUUCUCAAGCCAGUACCUUGUAAUAUUGCUAUGAGAGUACAUUUUUGUACUGUAUGUCAUUUAGUAACUUCAUUAUUUGACUUUCAUUGUGCUUUGACAUUAAAUGUUUGCAAUAUGA